AUGGGAUCCCAAAUCUUCAAACCCCUCCAAGUGGGCACCAUAAACCUCAACCACCGAGUAAUCAUGGCACCACUAACGCGCCUCCGAUCCUCCGCCACCCACGUCCCCCUCCCAAUCUCAACAAAAUACUACGAACAACGCGCCUCCGUCCCAGGAACCCUCUUGAUCGCCGAAGCAACCCAAAUCUCCCCCUCAGCAGGCGGCAUCCCCCACGGGCCCGGAAUAUGGAGCGAAGCCCAAAUCACCCAAUGGAAAGAAAUUACCAACGCCGUCCACGCAAAGGGAAGUUUCAUCUUUUGCCAAUUGAUUGCGCUGGGCCGGGCUGCUGAUCCAGCGACCCUUCAAUCAGAGGGUGAAGGAUAUGAAGUGCUGGCUCCAAGUGCCAUACCAAUGGAAGAAGGAAAGCCAAUUCCUAAAGAAUUGAAUGAGGAUCAAAUCCAAUCCAUCAUCCGAGAUUUCGGUAUAGCAGCGAAGAACGCGAUUCGCGCCGGUUUCGAUGGCGUCGAAGUUCACGGUGCGAAUGGGUAUCUUGUUGAUCAAUUCCUACAAGAUGUCAGUAAUCAGCGAAAUGAUCGUUGGGGCGGAAAUAUACCCAACCGCGCUCGUUUCGCGCUGGAGGUUACAAAGGCACUCGUUGAAGCUGUUGGUUCUGAACGGGUCGGAUUCAGGACCAGUCCGUGGAAUACGUGGCAGGGUAUGAAGAUGGCAGACCCGGCUCCUCAAUUUGCAUACUUGGUUGAACAGUUGAGAGAGUUGAAGCUUGCUUAUCUCCAUGUUAUCGAGUCAAGGGUGAUCAAUAAUGUGGACUGCGAGAAAGGGGAGAGUAUUGCGUUUUUACUCGAUAUUUGGGGCCGCACGGCUCCUGUUUUUGUGGCGGGCGGAUAUAAUGCGGAUAAUUUUGAAGAUGCGCCGCGGGAGUAUGAGAACAACGACGUGGCUGUUGUUUUUGGACGUCAUUUUCUUGCGAAUCCGGAUUUGCCGUUUCGACUUCGUUAUCAGAUUGGAUUGAAUCGGUAUAAUCGGGAUUCCUUCUACAGUGCCAUGAAGGAAGAUGGAUAUGCGGAUUAUCCAUUUAGUCCUGAGUUUUUGGAUUCGCAGUAA